GAGCAGCAGGGCAUGGCAGCUGGCACGGCUGGUGGACUUGGGCAGCGGGCUGUCGAGCAAAUGGCUGUCCAGGUCAAGGUCCAAGUCUGCAGAGCUGCUCCAGGCACAACCAGCACACCCCAAUGGCAGCAGCUCUGGGAGCCCUCUCGGCCCUGCCCCGGCACCCCAGAUCAACUCCAACCUCUGCCUCAGUGACUCAGUGGCCACCAGCAGUCACCUCCUGCUCUCACCCAACCACCACAGCUGCACCAUCAUCAGCCUGGAGGUGGUGAACACCCUCUGUCCUGACAUUGAGUACCUUCAUGUCCCUUUGAUGGACGCUCCCACCGCCCACAUCUCCAGCUGCUUCGACUCCAUAGCAGCUAAGAUCCACAGCGUGGGGAUGCGCAGGAGCCAAACACUACUGCACUGCGCUGCCAGGGUGAGCAGGUACACUAUCUGCUUGGCCUGCCUCCUGAAGCAUCGCUCCAUGUCCCUGGCAGCUGCCCAUGCCUAGGACGAGCCCUGCCGUCCUAUCGUACAACCCAACAACAGCUUCUGGCAGCAGGUCAUCCACUACGAGUACAAACUCUUCAGCAUCAACAGGCUCCAAAUGAUCAGCUCUCCGUCAGGGAUGAUACCCAAUGUUUAUGAAAGUGAAGUAAGAGUAAUGCUGCUGCUCUGA